AUGGACAUCUGCUACACCCGAAGUUUUCAGAAGGAUCAGGUACCCUUUCAAGGGAUCCAAACGGAUUCAGCUAAUUCUAGCGAGAAAGUGGAUACCGCGAUUUUGAUCGAGACAACUUAUCCAACUAGCAGUUCUGAGGAGAUCCUUUCAUAUUCUGAUGAACCACAUGAGGCGACGACAGUUGUAGCUGCACCACAAAAUAAGUCAGCGGAAAAACAAUAUGUUGUCAAAGAGAUAUGUGCAAACUUCAUAUACGCGGGAACUAUUAAUCUCAACAGCAUGGUCGAUUUGUGGCAGACCUCGUACUACCGCGCUACGGAAAAAGUGCCUUGCUUCAAAAUGUUUAUUCGGAAACUUACAAUGAAGGAGAAACAGUUAUACAAACAGAAAUAUGGAAAUUUCGACGAUUCCGUGGAGUGGGAGGACUGCAACUUGGAGCUAAGAUCAAGCAUGGAAAUUAAGAAGCACUUCUUGCAGGGAUGCGAAAAAGGGCACGGAGUUUUAGAGAACAUUAUAAUAGGAGACAAAAACGACACCACAUCAAAGUAUAACCUCGAUCCUGAGAGUCCCGACCAAUGGCUAGUUGUACAAAACUUACUUUUGAUGCGUGACUGUGACACUGGAGACGUGAUUGUCUUCUCUAGAGUACCACACAAACCUCACAGUGACGUCAUCAUAGAAGCGUUGAAACAAUUCGGUGAAAAUACCACUGACGGGAAAUUUAUAUGCGGCGACCAACCACCAAUUAAAAAGAAGGCUAUCGAAGUCGAAGAGGAAACGGAAGAAAGUAUA